AUGGGUGUCAGCCGGAGGAAGCUGGCCCUGCUCUGGGCCCUGGGCCUCACUCUGGCCUGUGCCCAGCACACAGGCCAGGCCCAGGACAGCACUGCAGAGCUCGGCUAUGCGUACCCGGACCUCCCUCCUGCCCUCCAGGGGCCUGGCGGCAACUCCCUCCGCGGGGUGACCAUCCACCCGCCUCUGAGGAGCACCCCCCUGGUGCGAGCCCUGAACGCGGCGCACCGCGGGCGGGUGUGCAGCACGUGGGGUGACUUCCACUACAAGACCUUCGACGGCGACGUCUUCCGCUUCCCCGGGCUGUGCAACUACGUCUUCUCCGCGCACUGCGGUGCCGCCUACGAGGACUUCAACCUCCAGCUCCGCCGCGGCCCCGGCCCCAACGCCACCGCGCCCAGCAGGGUCACCAUGAAGCUUGACGGCAUGGUCGUCGAGCUGACCAAGGGCUCCGUCCUGGUCAACAGCCUCCCAAUUCAGCUGCCCUUCAGCCGCUCCGGAGUCCUCAUUGAGCAACGCAGCAGCGGCGUGAAGGUGGCGGCCAGGCUGGGCCUGGUCUUCAUGUGGAACCAGGAUGACAGCCUCCUGCUGGAGCUGGACCCCAAGUACGCCAACCAGACCUGCGGGCUCUGCGGAGACUUCAAUGGCGUCCCCGUCUUCAACGAGUUCUUCUCCCACAACAUCAAGCUGACCGCCACCGAGUUUGGGAAUCUGCAGAAGAUGGACGGCCCCACGGAGCAGUGUCAGGACCCUGCCCCUGAGCCCCCCGUGAACUGCUUGACCGGUUUUGGCAUCUGCGAGGAGAUGCUGAGCAGCGAGCCGUUCUUGGACUGCGCCGCCCUCGUGGACGCCAGCAGCUACGUGGAGGCCUGCCGGCAAGAUCUCUGCCACUGUGGCCAGGCCAACCUCACCAGCUGCCUCUGUCACACCCUUGCUGAGUACUCCCGCCAGUGCACCCAUGCCGGGGGGCUGCCCCUGGACUGGCGGGGCCCCCAGCUCUGCCCCCAGACGUGCCCCCUCAACAUGCAGUACCGCGAGUGCGGGUCACCCUGUGUGGACACCUGCUCCAACCUGGAGCACUCCCAGCUCUGCGAGGACCACUGCGUCGCCGGCUGCUUCUGCCCUGAGGGGACGGUGCUGGAUGACGUCGGCCACACUGGCUGCAUCCCGGUGCCCCAGUGCUCCUGUGUGUACAAUGGGGCCACCUACACUCCAGGGACCGGCUACUCCACAGACUGCACCAACUGCACCUGCGCUGGGGGCCGGUGGAGAUGCCAGGAGGUGCAGUGCCCGGGCACCUGCUCGGUGCUGGGCGGUGCCCACUUCUCCACGUUCGACGAGAGGCAGUACACGGUACACGGGGACUGCAGCUACGUGCUGGCCAAGCCCUGUGACAGCAGCGCCUUCACCGUGCUGGCCGAGCUGCGCAGGUGUGGACUGACCGACAGCGAGACCUGCCUGAAGAGCCUGACGCUGACCCUGGGCGGGGGGCACAUGGUCUUUGUGGUAAAGGCCAGCGGGGCGGUGUUUGUGAACCAGAUCUACACCCAGCUGCCCCUCUCGGCAGCCAACGUCACGCUCUUCAGACCCUCCACCUUCUUCAUCAUCGCCCAGACCCAGCUGGGCCUGCAGCUGGACAUCCAGCUGGUGCCCGUCAUGCAGGUGUUCGUGAGGCUGGCGCCCCAGCUCCAGGGGCAGACCUGCGGCCUGUGCGGGAACUUCAACCAGAACCAGGCCGACGACUUCCGGACCAUCAGCGGCGUGGUGGAGGGCACGGCCGCCGCCUUCGCCAACACCUGGAAGACCCAGGCCGCCUGCCCCAACGUCAAGAACAGCUUGGAGGACCCCUGCUCCCUCAGCGUGGAGAACGCACCCAGGAUGGGUGCCCAGAGCAGGUGCCGGGCCCUGGCCUGGGCCCUGGUGGUCCUGCCCUUGGUGCAGAAAGCAGAGACCCAGGGCAGCGCGGAGCAGAGCUGGGCGAGUCAGGAGGCUACCAUGAACGGUGGUGACCCGGCUCACUCUGCAGCCCGGCGUGUGACCUUCAUCCCGCCCAUCACUGGCUUCCCCACCAUGAGCUGUAAGUGGUCGCCGCCCAUUGCCCACAGGGGCAGGGGUGUUUGCCAGCCUCAGGGGGUGGUCACAGACCUGGGGCACGCACUCCCCACAGCCCUGAACACAGCGCAUGGCGGGCGGGUGUGCAGCACGUGGGGUGACUUCCACUACAAGACCUUCGACGGCGACGUCUUCCGCUUCCCCGGGCUGUGCAACUACGUCUUCUCCGCGCACUGCGGUGCCGCCUACGAGGACUUCAACCUCCAGCUCCGCCGCGGCCUGGUGGGCUCCAGGCCCACGGUCACCCACAUCACCCUCAAGACGCAGGGGCUAGUGCUGGAGGUCUCCAACGGGUCCAUCCUGGUCAACGGGAGGCGGGAGGAGCUGCCCUACAGCCGCGCCGGCCUCCUGGUGGAGGAGAGCAGUGCCUACGUCAAGGUCAACAUCCGGCUGAUGCUAACCUUCACGUGGAACGGAGAGGACAGCGCCCUGCUGGAGCUGGACCCCAGGUAUGCCAACCAGACCUGCGGCCUGUGCGGGGACUUCAAUGGGCUCCCGGCCAUCAACGAGUUCUAUGCCCACAAUGCCAGGCUGACCCCUCUACAGUUUGGGAAUCUGCAGAAGCUGGAUGGGCCCACGGAGCAGUGCCAGGACCCCCUGCCCUCCCCAGCUGACAACUGCACAGAUGAGGAGGGCAUCUGUCGCCACACCCUGCUGGGCCCAGCCUUUGCUCAGUGCCACAGGCUGGUGGAUGCCGAGGUGUACGUGGCCACCUGCACCCAGGACCUGUGCCGCUGCCCCACCUGCCCAUGUGCCACCUUCGCCGAGUACUCUCGUCAGUGUGCCCACGCCGGGGGACAGCCGCAGAGCUGGAGGGGCCCUGACCUCUGCCCCCAGACGUGCCCCCUGAACAUGCAAUACCAGGAGUGCGGCUCACCCUGCGCGGACACCUGCUCCAACCCUGAGCGCUCCCAGCUCUGCGAGGACCACUGCGUCGACGGCUGCUUCUGCCCCCAAGGCAGGUCCUGCACGGUGAUGGACGACCUCACCCACUCGGGCUGCCUGCCCCUGCGGCAGUGCCCCUGCAUGCACGGCGGCCGCCCCUACGCCCCGGGGGCCUCCUUUGCCACCAGCUGCAGCUCCUGCACCUGCUCCGGGGGACUAUGGCAGUGCCAGGACCUCCCGUGCCCGGGCAUCUGCUCCGUCCAGGGCGGGUCCCACAUCUCCACCUAUGAUGAGAAACUCUACGACGUGCACGGGGACUGCAACUAUGUCCUAACCAAGAUAUGUGCAGGCAACGCCCUCACCGUGCUGGCCGAGCUGCGGAAAUGCGGCCUGACGGACAACGAGAACUGCCUCAGAACGGUGACGCUGUGGUUGGACGGAGGCGACACGACCAUCCAGGUCCAGGCCAACGGCGGGGUAUUCGUGAACUCCAUCUACACGCAGCUGCCCGCGGCAGUGGCCAACGUCGCCAUCUUCAGGCCGUCAUCCUUCUUCAUCCUGGUGCAGACGGGCCUCGGGCUGCAGCUGCAGGUGCAGCUGGUGCCCCUCAUGCAGGUGUUCCUCAGGCUGGACCCCUCCUACCAGGGCCAGAUGUGCGGCCUGUGCGGGAACUUCAACCAGAACCAGGCCGACGACUUCCGGACCAUCAGCGGUGUGGUGGAGGGCACGGCCGCCGCCUUCGCCAACAGCUGGAAGACCCAGGCCGCCUGCCCCAACGUCAAGAACAGCUUUGAGGACCCCUGCUCCCUCAGCGUGGAGAACGAGAACUACGCCCGGCGCUGGUGCUCUGUGCUGACCGACCCUGCUGGGGCCUUCUCGUCCUGCCACUCUGUCAUCAGCCCUGGGCCCUUCCACUCGAACUGCAUGUUUGACACGUGCAACUGUGAGAAGAGUGAGGACUGCAUGUGCGCGGCCCUGUCCUCCUACGUGCGGGCCUGCGCCGCCCGGGGCGUGCUGCUCGGCGGCUGGCGGGACGGCGUGUGCGACAAGUACAUGAGCAGCUGCCCCAAGACCCAGAGCUACGCCUAUGUGGUGGACAGCUGCCAGCCCACCUGCCGCUCCCUAAGCCAGGCCGAUGUCACCUGCGACGUGGCCUUCGUGCCCGUGGACGGCUGCACCUGCCCCUCGGGCACCUUCCUGGACGACACCGGCGGCUGCGUGCCUGCCGAGGCCUGCCCCUGCUACUCGCAUGGCUCUGUGCUGGCUCCAGGGGAGGUCCUGCACGACAACGGUGUGGUGUGUUCAUGUGUGAGCGGGAAGCUGAGCUGCCUGGGAGCCGUGGAGCAGAGCACAGGGUGCGUGGCCCCCAUGCUGUUCCUGGACUGUAGCAACGCCUCCGCGGACACGCCCGGGGCCGAGUGUGUGCGGAGCUGCCACGCGCUGGAUGUGGACUGUUUCAGCACGCGCUGCGUGUCAGGCUGCGUCUGCCCCGCAGGGCUGUUGGCCGAUGGGAGCGGGGGCUGUGUGGCCGAGGAGGACUGCCCCUGCCUGCACAACGAGGCCGCCUACAAGCCUGGGGAGACCAUCAGGGUCGACUGUAACACCUGCACCUGCAGGGGCCGCAGGUGGGAGUGCAGCCGCCGGCCCUGCCUGGGCACCUGCAUGGCCUACGGGGACGGCCACUUCAUCACCUUUGAUGGCGAGCGCUACAGCUUUGAGGGGAGCUGUGAGUACACGCUGGCCCAGGACUACUGUGCGGGCAACGACGCCAGCAACGGGAGCUUCCGCAUCGUCACCGAGAACGUCCCCUGCGGGACCACAGGCGUCACCUGCUCCAAGGCCAUCAAGAUCUUCCUGGAGGUGGGGGCACCUGGGGACCAUCUCCCUCCCUCUGCAGCCCCGUUGGAGCCCCAGCCAGGGCCCCUGGACCUCCAGCUCUCCCUGCAGCCGCCGCCUCCCCGUGCCCCUCUGCAGAACUAUGAGCUGAUCCUCCAUGAGGGUUCCUACAAGGUGGUGCAGAGGGGGCCAGGCGGAGACCUGCCCUACAAGAUCCGUUACAUGGGCAUCUACCUGGCUGUCGAGACCCGCAGUGGCGUGGUCGUGUCCUGGGACCGGAAGACCAGCGUGUUUAUUCGGCUGCACCAGGAGUACAAGGGGAGGGUCUGCGGGCUGUGCGGGAACUUUGACGACAACGCCCUCAACGACUUCACCACGCGGAGCCAGUCCGUGGUGGGCGACGUGCUGGAGUUCGGCAACAGCUGGAAAUUCUCCCCGUCCUGCCCGGACGCCCAGGCCCCCAGGGACCCCUGCACCGCCAACCCGUACCGCAAGUCCUGGGCCCAGAAGCAGUGCAGCAUCAUCAACAGCGCCACCUUCAGCGCCUGCCAUUCUCAGGUCGACUCCACCAGGUACUACGAGGCCUGCGUGAGCGACGCGUGCGCCUGCGACUCGGGGGGUGACUGCGAGUGUUUCUGCACAGCCGUGGCCGCCUACGCCCAGGCCUGCCGCGACGCGGGCGUGUGCAUGUCCUGGCGGACCCCGGACAUCUGCCCCCUGUUCUGCGACUACUACAACCCCCAAGGGGAGUGCGAGUGGCACUACCAGCCCUGUGGGGCCCCCUGCCUGAGGACCUGCCGGAAUCCCCGCGGGCACUGCCUGAUGGACCUGCCAGGCCUGGAAGGUUGCUACCCAAAGUGCCCACCCAGCAAGCCGUUCUUCAAUGAGGACCAGAUGAAGUGUGUGGCCCAGUGUGAGGGCUGCUACGACGAGGAUGGAAACUACUAUGAUGCCGGCACCAGGGUCCCCACGGCGGAGAACUGCCGGAGCUGCGACUGCACCUCCAGAGGCCUCCAGUGCACGUACAGCCCCGCGGCCUGUACGUGCACCUACGAGGGCAGAACCUAUGCCUACGGAGACGUCAUCUACAACACGACCGAUGGGCUGGGCGCCUGCCUGAUUGCCAUCUGCAGAGACAAUGGGACCAUCGUCCGAAAGGCCGAGGAGUGUCCCGGAACCAUGCCCACAACGCCCUUCACCUUCACCAGCACUGCGGCUCCGCCCUCCACCACGGGCUCGGUCCCCACACCCUCCACCGUGUGCGUGCGGGAGCAUUGCCGCUGGUCCGACUGGUACGACAGUGGACGUCCAGAGCCGGGCAUGGAAGGGGGCGACUUCGAGACAUUCGAGAACCUGAGGCAGAGGGGCUACCAGUUCUGCCCGGCCCCAGCGCAUGUCGAGUGCCGGGCCCAGCAGUUCCCGGAUAUGCCUUUGGAGAAGCUGGGUCAGAAGGUGGAGUGUGGCCAGGCCCGGGGGCUGACCUGCCUCAACAGUGACCAGAAUCCCCCGCUCUGCCACAACUACGAGCUGAGGGUCCUCUGCUGCGACUACGUGCCCUGCAGCACCAGCCUGGCCCCGGGCACCAGCCAGCGGCCAUCCUCCCAGCCCCUGCCCACCUCCACCCAGACCACACCCACCAGAGGAACCUCCCUCCUGUCCACGGUGGCCUCCACUUCACAGACCCCAACCACCAAGUCCACCUCAACCGUGACCCAAGUGGGCAGCAACUCUGUGGUCCUGGCCACCACCACCUGUGAGCCCCGCUGCCAGUGGACAGAGUGGUUUGACGAGGACUACCCCAAGUCCGAAGAGGCCGGAGGGGACGUCGAGUCCUACGACAAGAUCAGGCGUGCGGGAGGGGCCGUGUGCGAGCAGCCCCAGGGCAUAGAGUGCCAGGCCGAAAACUUCCCCAACGUGAGGCUGGAGGAGCUGAAUCAGCGCGUGCACUGUGACGUCAGCUUCGGCCUGGUCUGCAGGAACGACGAGCAGGUGGGCCUGUUCAAGAUGUGCUACAACUACAAAAUCCGCGUGCUGUGCUGUGGGUACAGCCACUGCGGGGAGCCCACGCCCCCCACCACCACUGCCACCGCAUCCACUGCCACAGCCCCCACGGCCAGCACCGCCACUGCCACAGCCACCACUGCCGCCACCUCUACAGCCCCCACUGCCGCCACCUCCACUGCCACAGCCCCCACGGCCACCACCGCCACUGCCACAGCCACCACUGCCGCCACCUCUACAGCCACCACUGCCACCACAUCCACUGCCACAGCCCCCACUGCCACAGCCACCACUGUGGCCACCUCUACAGCCCCCACUGCCGCCACCUCCACUGCCACAGCCCCCACUGUGGCCACCGCUACAGUCACCACUGCAGCCACCUCCACUGCUGCUACUGCCACAGUGGCCACCUCUGCUGCCACAGCCACCAUGGCCCCCACGGCCUCCAGCACCACCACCACUGUGACACCAGCCACGCCGCACACAACAUGGCUGGGGAGCACAGGGGUGACCACGUCCCCCGCCAGCAGUGCCACACCAGCCCCUUCCCUUUCCAUGGGGCUGACAGUCCGAGUGACAUUGAGGCCCAGCCACACAGGCACGCUCCCAACAUCUGCCACGUCGGUCCUCCCGACUCACACAGCCUCAAGGGGGCCCACCCUGAUGUCGGUGACGACGCAGACCUCCACGUCUCAGCUGCUGACGGGAACAGCAACGGGCACAAUCACCUCCACGGGCCCGCUGUCCACCUCACACCCUGAGACCAGCAUGCUGAAAACCCUGGUGUCGACGGGCACCACUGGGGCCACCACCAGCACAACCAGUUGUCAACCCAAGUGCCAAUGGACAGAGUGGUUUGAUGUGGACUCCCCCACCUCGGGGGUCAGGGGCGGAGACAUGGAGACCUAUGACAACAUCCGGGCUGCGGGCGGCAAGGUGUGCCAGCAGCCGCAGAAGAUCGAGUGCCGGGCAGAGAGCUACCCCGAGGUGAGCAUUGAGCAGAUCGGGCAGGAGCUCAGCUGCAGCCUGGAGGUCGGGCUGGUCUGCAGGAACGACGACCAGAGGGGGAAGUUCACCAUGUGCUUCAACUACAACAUCCGUGUGUACUGCUGCGAUGACGUCCGGCACUGCCCCACCACGGCUACCCCCCACCUCACCUCCACCACACUGCCCGCCACCAGCAGCUCCACAGCCACGGUGCCAUGGCCCUCGACCUCUGCCGUGACCCAGACGGGGGCCCCCACCACGGCCCCUCCAGCUACACACGUGAACAAGACCACCUUCGGGACCACCUUGCUGCCCACCCCCGUGACGCCCAACACCCGCUCCCUGCACCCCACGGCCUCUCCUCAGGUCACAGAGCUCCCCACCAGGCCCUCCAAGACCACACCCGGACCCCCCAUCACCACACCCAGCACAGGCCAGGCCACCUCCACCAGUGUGACAGGUCCCUCCUCCACGGGGACGACGCAGAGUGUCUCCACCCCCACCCGUGUGACAGGUCCCUCCUCCACGGGGACCACCCAGGGGGUCUCCACCUCAACCCGUGUGACAGGUCCUUCCUACUCUGGAACCACCCAGGGGGUCUCCACCCCCACCCGUGUGACAGGUCCCUUCUCCCCUGGGACCACCGAGAGCGUCUCCACCCCUAGUCCCUCUGCCUUCCCGGGGUCCCCACCCACGACCACCAAGCCAGGCUUGCCCAGUGUCUCUCCUACAGGUCCCCUUUUGACUUCGCCCAUAUCGACCGCCCCCGGGUCCCCACCCACCACCCCUUCCUGGUCUGGGGUGGCCUCUGGCAGCCCGGGGGCCUUCCCCACCUCCACCGCCUCUCCCAGCCCCACCACAGCCUGCCUUUGCCACGCCUUCGGAAAGCUCUUCCUACCAGGGGACGUCAUCUACAACAAGACCGACGGAGCAGGCUGCCUCUUCUUAGCCAUCUGCAACCAGCGCUGCGACAUCGACCGCUUCCAGGGCACCUGCCCCACCUUCUCACCCUCGGGGACCUCGGCCUCUGUUCCCCCAACCACCCCAGUUCCCGGCUGCAAUCACACCAUCCCUCCCCGACAGGUGAACGAGUCCUGGACCCUGGAGGACUGCACGGUGGCUCGGUGUGAGGGCGACAACCGUAUCGUCCUGCUGGGGCCAAAGCCAAUGGGCAACGUCGUCUGCGUGAACGGGCACCUGCCCGUGCGAGUGCAGAGCGGGGAUGGGCCCUGUGACUACAGCUACGAGUGCGAGUGUGAGAGCCCGCCGCUGGGGGGGGGGGAUGCGCCGCCAGGCAUUUGGGACACGCACAUGUCCCCUGUGCCCAAUGCCCGGGGACUGGGGCCCUGGGGGCUGAGUGACUCCCCAGGGUGGCAGCUCUGGGUGGCACUGCGUGAGGCCUGUCCACACCCCGCAGGCUCCUGCAGCGGCUGGGGGGACACCCACUACGAGACCUUCGACGGCACCUCCUACUCCUUCCUGGACAAUUGCACCCACGUCCUCAUGCGGGAGAUCCAGCCGCGCCACGGGAACCUCAGCAUCCUCCUACACAAUCACUACUGUGAGGCCGCCGCCAGCUGCCCCCGCGCCCUCAGCGUCCACUAUGAGUCCAUGGACAUCGUCCUCACCACCACCCCUGGCGCCGACGGGCAGGAGGAAAGCCUGAUCCUGUUUGGCCAAAUGCCGGUGAGGUCGAGCUUCAGCAAGAACGGCCUGACCGCGACAGCGACGGGGGCCACCGAGAUGAGCAUCGAGAUUCCCGCCGUCGGCGUGAGCGUCAUCUUCAACGGGCAGGUCUUCCAGGCCCGGCUGUCCUACAGCCGCUUCAGCUACAACACCGAGGGCCAGUGUGGCACCUGCACCAACAGCCGCAGGGAUGACUGUCGCCGGCCCGACGGCACCAUGGCCCCCACCUGCCAGGACAUGGCCCGGUCCUGGCUGGUCGCCAACAGCAGCAGGGAGGGCUGCUGGGCACCGACCGGGCUGCCCCCGACCACCAGCCCCCCCUUGCCGGCACCCAGCACACCCACCUCCACUCCGUGUCCCCCGGAACCCCUCUGCGAGCUGAUGCUGAGCCCGGUGUUCGCCGGGUGCCACGGCCUCAUCCCGCCCGGCCCGUUCUUCAGCACCUGUGUCAGCGACAGCUGCAGGCCCGGCCGCCCUGACCGCCCUGAAGCGCUCUGCCAGAGCCUGGAGGCCUACUCUGCGCUCUGCCGCGCCCGGGGCGUGUGCCCCGACUGGCGCAACGCCACCAGCGGGCUGUGCGACCUCACCUGCCCGCCCACCAAGGUGUAUAAGCCGUGUGGCCCCGUGCAGCCCAAGUCCUGUGACUCCAGGAGCCAGAGCCCGGCGAGCAGGGGGCUGGCGGAGGGUUGCUUCUGUCCUGACGGCCACAUCCUGUUCAACUCCCACACGGACGUCUGCGUGCCCGAGUGCCCCUGCGUGGGACCAGAUGGGUUUCCCAAAUUCCCCGGAGAGCGGUGGGUCAGCAACUGUCAGUCCUGCGUGUGUGAUGAAGACUCCGUGUCGGUGCAGUGCGCCCCCGUGCAGUGCGAGGCCCAGGGCCAGCCACAGGAAUGCGGCCGGGCCGGCUUCGUGGCCCAGACCAGGCCCCUGGCCGACAACCCUUGCUGCAUGGAAACUCUGUGUGUCUGCAACAGAAGCACGUGCCCCCAGAGCCCACCCAAGUGUAGGCCGGGAGAGGAGCUGGCCUGCACCCAGGCGGAGGACAGCUGCUGCCCCACCUUCAGCUGCCGGCCUCAGCUGUGCACCUACAACGGCACCGUCUAUGGGGUCGGUGCAACCUUCCCAGCGGUCAUUCCCUGCCACACAUGCACCUGCCUGUCCGUGGACACCCAUGACCCGACCGUGCUGUGUGAGGAGGAUGCCUGCGACACCACUUGUCCCCAGGGCUUCCAGUACUCGAGGGUGGCCGGGCAGUGCUGCGGGGAGUGCGUGCAGACGGCUUGCCUCACGUCCGACGGCCGGCUGGUCCAGCCCAAUGAGACCUGGGUCAACAGCCUCGUGGACAACUGCACGUUGUACCACUGCCAGGCUGAGAACGGGCCCCCUAUGCUGACCCCGACGCCCGUCGCAUGCCCGGACGUGUCCAGCUGCAGGGGCAUCCUCAGGAAAAUCGGCUGCUGCUACUCCUGUGAGGAAGUGGACUCCUGCCAGGUUCGCGCCAGCAUGACGGUCCUGCGACACCAGGGCUGCGCCACCCAGGCCGCCGUCAGCGUCCCCUUCUGCGAGGGCUUCUGCCCAGGAGCGGCCCGGUACUCCAUGGGGGCCCGGGCCACACAGUGCCCGUGCAUCUGCUGCAAGAAGACCAGGGCCCACCAGGAGGUGGUAACCAUGCAGUGUCCCAACGGGACGGCCUUCCAGCACACCUACACCCACGUGGACGAGUGCAGCUGUGGCCCAUCUUGCGUCUCCUCGGCCCAGGCUCCCGAGGACAGCACCCCCAACUUCCCGACCUAUGGGUCCACCAUUGUCUGACGCAUUCUGCCCCCCCUCCGCCCGCCCCACCUGCCCCACCUGGAGCCAGAACACACACCACCAACCACGGAAACCGCGGGAGCCCACGCACACCUUCCGUGGAUACCACUGCCCCCGCCCACUUUACACCUGCCCCAGGUGAAACCCAGGCCCUGGCGGGUGACAGCGUAGUGAGGGUCGGCUUGAGGAGGACCCCGGGCUGGGGGGACCUGCCCUCAGAGCCCCUCCUGCCUGCUUUGGCCACCUGCCUGGCCUUCGGGCCCUGACCUUCAUCUGAAACACAAGCACCCGCUCCACCCAGGCUCACCCCCCGCCCUGGUGUCAGAGGGAUGCCCCAGAGAAAACUGCACACCCACUGCCGUGCUGCUCCCACGGCGGGCCUGUGUGCCCCCCACUGCCCCUCGAAGCCCCGCGGUGCACAGGUGCCCGCUGGCUACACCUCUUGCAGCUGAGCACAGACUGAGGCCUGUCCGGGCAAGGCCGGCUACCUGCCCACGUCCGGACCCCGGCCUGAGGCUCCGAGGGUCAAGGGACGGGCCCCGGCGGGGUCGGCACCCCACAGCUCCCGCUCUGCUCACCCAGCCCCCGUCUCUGAAAAUAAACACCGAGCAUCACAUA